AUGAACAGGCUGGACUAUAAUUCAGACGCCUUUUCCAACCUGAUUAGUUGUGUGAAAACAAAACACGAGAGGCCUCUGGUGAAUUACAGCUUUUCUCCAGAGCGAAUCGCCGGCUCUGCUCUCCAUCCCGGACGGCGAGGAUGGGCCGGCCGCCAGCUUUGGCUCCCCACGGCAGGACCCCAGCCCCGCUCCCAGCGCCCCGCGCCCCGGCCCCGCCUCCUCCCCGCGCCCUCACGGGCCUUGCGCAGGCGCGGCUCGGCCAUGGCGGCGGCCGUGGAGCGCCGCCUCGCCCAGUUCCGCGCCGCCCGCGGCAGCGCCGCCGCCGCUCCGCGCCCCGCCGAGCCGCCGGGAAAGGCCGCGGCUCCGGAGGCCGCCGAGGGACCGCGGGCAGCCGCGGUGGGCCCGGGCGGCGCUCAGGUCCGUCCCGGCGCGGCGCCGGCUCCGCUGUGGGCGCGCCCGCUGCUGCUGAAGGUGCUGCUGUGGGCCGUGCUGCUGGCGCUGUUCGCGGAGCUGGAGCUCGGGCUACCCUACUUCGUCCUCUCCCUGCUCUACUGGAUGUACGCCGGCACCCGCGGCCCCGCCGAGCGGCGGCCCGGCGAGCUCAGCGCCUACUCCGUCUUCAACCCCGGCUGCGCCGCUAUCGCCGGGACGCUGACGGCCGAGCAGCUGGAGCGGGAGCUGCACUACCGGCCCGCCGCGGGCACGUAGCGCCCGGCCCGGCGGGGACCGCGCUGUGCUGGGCCGGGACAGCCGCCGGGCCGGACCCGCUGCCGCCGCCCCGAGGAAGGGCCGGGGCUUGGGGGGAGGAAACGGGGUCUGUUCCUAUACAAAAAACCGCCUGAGCCUUACUGCUGCCCGGCGCCCCCGGCCGGUCCCGAAUAAAGCCCUAGUAAAGCCUG